CCUGUGAGACUUUCAUCACGACGAACGUACGUGAGGCUAGCUUUAUCCUUGCUCGGGUACUCUAUGAUGCUCUAUGUGAUAUAUAUAUAUAUAUAUAUAUAUAUGGUGAGAUUGGAAAUGGAAGAAUGAAGAAUCGGGUCAUCCGGGGUUCCUAGGAUUGUUAAGAUGCGGGGCAGCAGGGCUCUGGAUAUUUGCUUUGUCCUCCCCAACUCCCAAUCCCUACGGCCACUUUAGAGAGAGAGACAGAGAGCUUUCUCCAGUACAAAAAGCCUUGCAACACCACAAACCACGCUCACCAAACUACAGAAAAAACCCAGAGAAAGCAGCAGCAGCAGAAGCAGAGCAUGGACUUGGAGAGAGUCGACAACGAAAUAAUGAAGCAAUCCAAAUUCAACCGAAUUUGUGUCUUCUGUGGCAGUAGCCCCGGCAACAAGAGCAGCUACAAGGAUGCGGCAAUCGAGCUCGGCAAGGAAUUGGUUUCGAGAAACAUAGAUCUGGUUUACGGAGGAGGAAGCAUCGGCCUAAUGGGAUUAGUUUCGCAAGCUGUGUACGACGGCGGCCGCCAUGUCCUUGGAGUAAUUCCCAAAACGCUCAUGCCCAGAGAGAUAACUGGUCAGACAGUUGGGGAAGUGAAGGCUGUGGCAGACAUGCACCAAAGGAAGGCAGAGAUGGCUAGACAUUCAGAUGCCUUUAUUGCAUUGCCUGGUGGUUAUGGGACUCUUGAAGAGCUUCUUGAGGUCAUAGCCUGGGCUCAGCUUGGCAUCCAUGAUAAACCGGUUGGGCUGUUGAAUGUAGAUGGGUACUACAACUCUCUCUUGUCUUUCAUUGACAAAGCAGUGGAGGAAGGCUUCAUUAGUCCCAGUGCACGCCAUAUAAUCGUAUCAGCCCCCACAGCUAAGGACUUAGUGAAGAAAUUGGAGGAGUACAUUCCUCGACACGAAAGUGUUGCGUCGAAGCUGAAAUGGGAGACGGAGCAGCUAGGCUUCCCUGAGGAAUCUGACAUCUCAAGGUGACUGCCAUGGAGGGACUAGCCUUGAUGAGUUGCCCAAAGCUGGGAAUUCUUUUUUGCCUCUUUUUUCUUUUCUUCUUCUUCUUCUUCUUCUCCCUCCUCUGUAAACUAGAAAAUUUCUCGUCAAAGUAAUGAUGUUUCAAUAAGUUUUUGGUAAGGGUAGCUUUGUUUCUGAUUAGAAGUAGAAGCAGCAAUUAAUUAGCCAGGAAGAGAAAAUUAGGAAUCUCGAAUGAUUUGAAAUUCAGUUGUGUCGUCGUUGGCAAAGAUUCUCAAAUUUCAUUUUUGCAAUCACUUGUCAAGCUAAUAACGCUUUGGCUUAACUAUUUGGAGCAGAAUUUUGGUGACAACAUUAACAUUGCUUCCCCCAUU